GGUUGAAUUCCAACACUUAAUUCCUCUUGACAUUGAAAAGGUUUUUGUUUAUCUGCAAUCCAAUGUAUUUUUAGCAGGAUGAAUCGUCUGGGGCCUCAACUUAUGCAGCGUUUGGACCAACUCUUGGAGUUUGCAGAUUUCAACAGCAAUAUUGAAUUAGAAUAUCUUCAGAUCACUCGAUGUCUUGAGGUGAUGCGCCAGCGGUGCUUUCGACUAGAUCGUGACUUGAAGGAAUUGCGAGAGCAGCUGCAGCGGUCUGAAUUUGAGCGUUCAGGGCUGGAGGUGAAGUUGAAACAUGCCCGCAACCAGGUGGAGGUGGAGAUGAAGAAAAGGCAUGGGGCAGAAGCCGAACUAGAAAAGCAGGAGCGCAAGCUGAAGCUUAUCUAUGCCUAUCUGAUGACUGAUUCAAAGACUUCUCUUCUCGGUGAAGAUCAGUGUUCCAGCCACAGUACCCUGCUGCCUGGCAAACGUUGUAUGCCGGGGGAAGUAUUAUCUGCAGUGGAAGAACUUGGCGCCUCGAUUUUGUCUGACAUCAGCUUUGACCGCUCAGAUGAGGAAAUAGACCGUGGCAUAAUAAGGCCUCUCAAAAGCAGAGCCAGACGGCGCUCCUCCCUGGCACCUCUCAUUCAACCAAUUUUGGCAGUCAAGCGGACAAGGCCAUCUGUUUCCCCUUCUUCCAAUUGUCCUCCUCUUAAGUCUUCCCAAGUCAAUGGGAUGCCUGUGGUUACCCUGAAAUCUGGAGUUAUUGCUGAAAACAGUUUGGUGCCAGUUGCUGCAACAUCCCGUCGCCGUUCUCAACCAAACCGUUGGGACUCCACAAACUCAGAUCCCAUGACAAUCCAGGACAGGACUGAGGAUUCACCUGGAUGUAGCACUCGGGCUGGGAAUAACAUCAUUGACAUAGGAACUGGGGCUAAACAAAGGAGUAUUCAAGAAACUGUCACUCCACCUCUGCCUCAAGAAAUACCCACAUCCCAACAGCACCACUUUACUUCCAAGAUGGUGAUCCGCUUGGAGUGUUGUGUAGUUUGCAAAUCCCGACUAUGUUUCGGAAAAACAGCUCUCAAAUGUCGUCGUUGCCAAAUCCAGGUGCAUCCUGAGUGCAAAGAACGCUGCCUGGUUCUGUGUACACCUCGUGCCAGUCCCACAACAAGAGAGGGCACUCUGGCUGAUUUUGCACCCCACACACCACCUCUGGUGCCCCCUAUAGUGAUUCAAUGUGUGAAUCAAGUUGAAAAACGUGGCCUGAGGGAGACCGGACUGUAUAGAGUGCCAGGUGCUGAGCAUCUUGUUCGGGAAUGGAAAAACAAACUGCUAAUAUCCCAGAGAUCACUCCCUUCUCUUGAUCAUGUCACUGAUGUGAAUGUGAUCUGUGGCAUUCUCAAGGACUUCUUGAGGAAUCUGAAGGAGCCCCUUGUUACCUUCUGCCUGCAUUCUGCCUUCCUGCAUGCGGCAGAAAUUCCAGAUGAUCCUUCCCGUAAUACUGCUCUCUGCAAUGUUGUGAUGAAACUUCCUAUGACCAAUAGGGACACACUGGCUUUUCUCAUGCUCCAUCUGCACAGGAUUAUACGGAGCCCUGCAUGUCGUAUGGAUCAGGAUAACCUGGCACGGAUCUUUGGACCAACAUUGGUAGGACACAGUACCCCCAAUCCUACCCCACUCACCAUCAUGAAAGACACACCGCACCAAUGCCGGGUAGUUUCAAGCCUUUUGGCAUUGCCACUCAAAUUUUGGCAACAGUUUGUGGGAGAAGAGCAGGAAAAUAUGGUACCCUCAGUGCAACAGAGUAAUGGAGUGAAUGUGCAAGAGCAACUUUAUAGUCAUCUCUCCUCUCCUAAAAAGAAUUCACCCAUUCAGAAGAUUCCAGUAAGUGGCUGUCUCCCCAGCAAGAUAUGACUACACUCUCCCGCUUUUGUAAAGCUCCUCCAUUUUUGUCUACAAGAAAUGAUCCCUGGACCAAGAAGACAGGGAAAACCCUUCCACUUCCACAGUAAAGAGGCUACUUGUUCCACCUGCCACCAAGAACUGUGCUGUUAUACCUACUAUAUGUUAUGGUGUAUCUGCUUUGCCUUUUCACCUUCCAGGAAAUCUCCAGGCCUUGGAGUAGUGUCCUUCCAGAGCAGGGCGAAAUGUGUUACUUCAUCUCUUGAUAGUAGCUUAUCCUUGAUCAUCUUCUCAGAUCUGGUCUUACUACACCUCCAAUAAGCAAGAGUUCUCAGAAGAGCAAAACCCUUACCUUUGAUGUAUUGGGAAGGGUGAUAAAACUGUACCCAGGGCAAUGAGUAUACAUACAGGCUGCCAUUCAUACCUGACACUGUGAGAUUUGAGGCUUGAGUGUUCUGGGGUCAUUUUCUUGGGAACUGGGCAGCUGGCCGAAAGGAGAGUUACAUAUGCACAACCACUACCAUUUUUGAUCCAUUGCUCAUUGUAAAAAUAUAGUAGUGUCAUGUAAUGGUGAAAAGGAAAAGGGAUAAAUGAGUUUUCCAGUAAUUGCUGUCAUUUCACUCAUAAGAAGCUGUUGGAAGGGGGAAACAUCAGCUGGUUUAUCCAAGACUGCUGGGCUGCAAUUCGACUGACUAUUGACUAUGCCGUCUAGUCCUAAUGAGAGUUGUAGUUCAGCCACUUUAAAAUAAAAUACUUUGGGUGCAUUAUUCUUUGUAAAAUAUAUUAAGAGGCUUCUGCAAUCUUAAUAAACAAGAUCAAACUA